AUUUCUCAGACGCAAUAGUUUGAUUUAGGACAAAUAGUUGACUUGUAAUAAUAAAUACUACCUAAUAGUGCUACCGUAACUCUUGUAUGAUUCUAUACACUUUCUUCUUCUAAUGAUCCCUCCCUUUGAGUUCUUUGUUAAACCAGUUGGACCUGCCUGCUUUGAUUGUAAACACUGCUUUAAACCACUACCAUAGAUAGUCUCUACGGUUACGACUUUAGACAGCAACCAACAAACAGGAUCUUAGCUACCAGCUUAGAGUGAGACUUGCUACACAGAGAGCAAGAAGCUGACAGAAUCCAAAUUCUAGCUUUUCCAACAUGCAUGAUUUACACCACCAUAAAGUAGAGGUUCUACCUCCACCACUGCACCGCCCUCCACCACCUCCCCUCCCUUUCCUCAUCAUCACAGCCAUCAUUACCCAUCCCACACAAGAAUCAAGAAUGAACUCUUCACAUACAAUCCAUCCCUAUCCUCAUCUUCCUCUCCUCUCCUCUUCUCUUCUCUCCUUGACUUUCCUCUCCAUUCUUUUAUCCACCUCCCAAGUUUCCUCUUAUUCUUCUUAACCUCGCCAAGGAACCUCCGAUUCCUUCCUGCUAUAUAUUUAUUGCGAAGCUCCCUGUAAUUGAUCCCUUUUCCAACAGCAGCAUAAGUACGGAUUGCAUGAGCCCUGUUAAUUAAGAGGGAGAUGGACGUGAGACAAGUCCAGUAUCUGAUCAUCCUACUGGGAUUCCUCUCCAGCUCUGCACUUGAACAACACACGUUGCUGCAGUCUGCAAAAACCUUGCCUGAAAUGGACGUCGUCACCCCAAUAACCACACUUCCGGUGGCCAAUCCUGCCACCACCACCACCACUCCUGUCUACAAUCCAUUUCCGACGACGACUCCUACCACGAAUCCAUAUACAACACCAGCGAUGGUAACUCCGGCUUCUUCCUCGUUGGGGCAAAGCUGGUGUGUGGCGAGACAAACUGCGUCCCAGACCGCGUUGCAGGUUGCUCUAGACUACGCCUGCGGAUACGGCGGUGCAGAUUGUGCAGUCAUUCAAAAAGGCGGAAGCUGUUUCGAUCCUGAUACUGUUCGUGACCAUGCGUCCUAUGCCUUCAACGAUUACUACCGGAGGCAUCCUACACAGACAGACUGUGAUUUCGGAGGAACAGCCAUCAUCACCAAUGUGGAUCCUAGUACUUCGACAUGCCAUUAUCAGUCAACAAGUACAAGCUCCACUGUUCUCAACACAACUUAUCCUUCUGGAUCAGCCUUUUAUGGCUCAUCUGUUCCUCCAAAUACAAGUAGUUCCACCUCAAUCUCAAACAGCAUAUCAUUGCUUCAUAUCUCCCUGAUCUGCUUCAUACUGUCACUCUAACUUCUUUCACUAAGCAAGGAAUUAAAUAGAGUUGAUGGCGGCUGUUUUGUCACACCAACUACAGAGUUUUCGUAAGCAAAGAGGGCAAGGAAAUCUCAUUAUGCUACGAGGUGAGCAUAUAUGAAUUUGGAAAGCAAGUUCUUGCAAUGCAAUGCCAUCACCUUGCAGAGGAAGUUGUGUCAUAGGAAAAUUUACUUUUGUUAUGUUAAAAUAAAUAACACUAUUGUUUUAGCAUUUUUUUUCUUAUUUAAGUUAGUGGUAUGGUGAAGCUUCUUCAGUAACAGGAACUUGUACAGACUUUCAGAUUGGUAAAGUUUGAGGAAGUAAAGAUUAUAAUCUAA